AUGUCUAAGGAUAGACCAUCAACAUCUAAACGAUCUCUUCAGUUUGCUACUGAAUUGCCAUCCCCGCAAACAAUGACUUCUGAAAAUAUAAGGCCUAUCAAAAAUUUGAAUCCAUACCAGAAUAAAUGGACAAUCAAAGGCAGAGUUACUCAUAAAUGCCCUAUUAAGGUAUAUAGCAGAACCACAAAAAAUGGCCAUGUGUUUAGCUUUGACAUUGUUGACUAUGAGGGGUGUGAAGUUAGAGUCACAUGUUUUGAUGAAAUAGCUCAGUUACACUCUAACCGUGUGGACGUAGGUUCACAUUAUAUUAUUUCAAAGGGAUCCAUUAAGGAAGCAAAUGCGAGGUACAACAAACUAAAAAGUCAUUUAGAAAUCAUCUUGUUUGAUGCAUCCAUACUGAAACGCUGCACCAACGAAGAACAAGCAGAUCAACAACAUCCUCUUUUCAUGCCCAUUAGUGAAUUGUUUCAUCUAACAAAUAACACAUUGGUUGACAUAAUUCGCCUUGUUUUAUACAUUGGAGAUAUCAUUCCAAUACACAGGAAAGAUGGCAGUCAAACACAAAAGCGUGUUGUGAAAAUUAAUGAUCUAUCUAGUUCAACUUUUGACAUCAACCUAUGGGGUCCAAUGGCAGAACAAAAAGGCCUCGAAUUGAAAAAUAUGUUAACCAAUGAUAGUGUGGUUAUCCUUGCUUUGCGUAAUCCUCGUGUUGGCUAUUUUAAUGGGAAGCUUAUAAAUAUAACAGCUGCGACCACAUUACAUAUCAACCCACCUUUUACAGAAGAAGAACCUCUAACAUUAAGAGGAAAGGACCCUUUUCUUGUUAUACCCUUGGUUCAAGAAACUAUCCACAUAGAUGAGAAAUAUACUGGAAUGACUAUUUCUUCAAUCCAUGAGAGGAUGAGUGUCAAACCAGAAACAAUUCAGACUACUUUGCUAGUUGUUCUGCAUUUUGUAAACUUAACUGAUCAAAGUUUCUGUUACGGAGCUUGUCCACUGAUAGUCAAUGGAAGGCAUUGCAAAAAGAAAUGUACACAACAACUUGAUGAUUCUUGGUUCUGCCCUAGAUGUGAAAUGACUAUGCAAGAUUGUAAUUAUAGUUACCUCUUGCCAGUAAAGUUACAAGAUGCCACAAGUACUCUUUGGGCCACUGCAUUUGAUGAGGAUGUCAUUCAUUUGCUACACAAAACUGCAAAAGAGCUUUGUGCACUACAAAAUGAUGCAACAACAACAGAAACACCUUGUUCAGUGAUUAAAAGACUACUGUCACAUCACUAUUCAUUCACACUACUGGUAUGCAUUGACACAUACAAUUCAGAAUCAAAGAUGAAAGUCACAGUCAAUAAAGUCUCUCCUGUUGACUUCAAAGCUGAGUGUGAUACACUACUUGCAGAAAUUGGUCGCCUAAGUACACAGGCUUAG